AUGUACAACUCCACGCAGCACCUGCUGAUGGCGGGUUCGAUCAGCGCCAUGUUCGGAUCUGCUGUGUGGCAGCUAGCGGCUUCGUUCUUGAAGCUCCCCAUUUCUGGUACCCACUGCAUCGUUGGAGCAACCAUCGGCUUUUCGCUGGUGGCACAAGGGCAAGAAGGUGUCAAAUGGUCUGAGCUUCUAAAGAUUGUGUUGUCCUGGUUCAUCUCACCCCUCCUUUCUGGCAUCAUGUCUGCUAUCCUGUUUUUCCUUGUUCAGAGAUUCAUCCUCUCUAAGGCAGAUCCCGUUCCCAAUGGCUUGCGAGCUCUGCCUAUCUUCUAUGCCUGUACCGUGGGCAUCAACCUCUUCUCCAUCAUGUAUACCGGUGCACCUUUGCUGGGCUUUGACAAACUUCCUCUGUGGGGUAUCCUCCUAAUUUCGGCGGGGAGUGCUGUUGUCUGUGCUCUCGUCGUCUGGUUCUUUGUAUGUCCGAGAAUGAAGAACAAAAUCGAACAAGAGAUCAAAUCCAGUCCUUCCGAAAGCCCCUUGAUGGAGAAGAACAUCAGCCCGAAGGAGGACCACGAGGAGCCCAAGGUGCCCCUGGGCGAUGCCAAGAGCCCCGUUGCUGACGCGGGGUCAGCUGCGCCCCACCAAGCAGCGCUGGAGGAGAGGACUGUCUCCUUCAACCUGGGGGACCUGGAGGAGGCCCCAGAGCAAGAGAGGCUCCCAAACCUCGACCUGAAGGAAACCAGCAUUGACAGUGCAGCGGUGCGGCUGCCCAACGGCAACCUCGUCCAGUUCAACCAGGCCGUGGGCCACCAGAUGAGCUCCAGCGGGCAGUACCAGUACCACACCGUGCACAAGGACUCCGGCCUCUACAAGGAGCUGCUGCACAAACUGCACCUGGCCAAGGUGGGGGACUGCAUGGGGGACUCGGGGGACAAGCCCCUGCGGCGCAACAACAGCUACACCUCCUACACCAUGGCCAUCUGCGGCAUGCCCCUGGACUCCCUCCGUGCCAAGGAAGGGGAGGAGAUGGAGAAGCUGACCUGGCCCGUGGCGGACACCAAGAAGAGGGUCCGCAUGGACAGCUACACCAGCUACUGCAACGCAGUGGCGGAUGCCCACCCGGCUGCUGAUGUGGAUCUGAACACGGCCCAGGUGGAGAUGGGAGUCGGCGACUGCAAGGGCAGCAGUGGCUGCUUGGAAGAGUGGCCUGACCAGGACAAACCAGAGGUGUCCCUCCUCUUCCAGUUCCUGCAGAUCCUCACAGCCUGCUUUGGCUCCUUCGCUCAUGGCGGCAAUGAUGUCAGCAAUGCCAUUGGGCCCCUGGUCGCGCUCUACCUGGUCUAUCAGACGGGUGAUGUGGCUACCAAGGUGGCAACUCCCAUCUGGCUGCUCCUCUAUGGAGGUGCAGGGAUUUGCAUUGGCUUGUGGGUCUGGGGAAGGAGAGUCAUCCAGACGAUGGGGAAGGACCUGACUCCCAUCACACCAUCGAGCGGCUUCAGCAUCGAGCUGGCGUCUGCCCUGACGGUGGUGAUCGCCUCCAAUGUCGGCCUCCCCAUCAGCACGACCCACUGCAAGGUGGGCUCCGUGGUCUCGGUGGGCUG